GCCCGGAACGAAAGAGUUUGGCAGACUUUUUUAUCGUCAGGCAGUAGAAGGGGCGUCUCUUUUGGGGUAUUUCUGUAAGAAACAGGAAGAGAAAGAUGACGGUUCAUAACUUGUACAUCUUUGAUCGUAACGGAAGCUGUUUGCACUAUGGGGAGUGGAACCGCAAGAAACAGGCCGGCAUCUCCAAGGAGGAGGAGUUUAAGCUGAUGUAUGGGAUGCUGUUCUCCAUUAGGUCCUUCUGCAGCAAGAUGUCUCCCCUGGAUAUGAAGGAUGGCUUCUUGACCUUUCAGACCAGCAAGUAUAAACUGCACUACUAUGAGACAGCUACUGGCAUCAAGAUCAUAAUGAACACAGACCUGGGAGUUCCCAACGCCAGAGAGAUACUGCACCAGAUAUACAGCACGCUGUAUGUAGAGUACAUAGUGAAGAAUCCUCUGUGUGUUCUGGGGGAGCAGCUGUCCUCUGACCUCUUCUCUACUCGACUGGACCUCUACAUCCGAGCCCUGCCGUUCUUCAGCCCCCGCGCUGCAUAACACACACACACACACACACACUGGGGGGUCGUCUGGGGGAAGUGAGGGGUGUAAUCAUCUAUUUAUUUGUUAGUAACAUGUCAGAAUGUUGGUUGUUGUUGUCUUAAAUAGAACCAUUAAACCUGAACAACGUGA